AACCCAAAAGCUAAUCAAAUGAAACAUGAAUUUCAACGUGCAUUAGCCAAAGGAUUACCAUUUCCAAUAUUAACCAUUUCAGAAUAUUUAAGCCAAGAUGGUGAAGGUUUUAAUUGGGGUAGACAUUAUCGUUUGGCCGGUUAUUAUACAAGUAUUUCAUUAUGGCUAGCAUUUGCAAGCUGGAUAUUAAUGAAUAUAUUACUUUGUGCUGUACCAAGAUAUGGUGCAUAUACAAUGCAAUUAACUGGUUUAUUAAUGUUAUUAUCAAAUUUACUUUAUAUAAUGAUGAUACCCGGUAAACCAUUACGUAUACCAUUUGAAGGUUCAACAUUAAUUUUUUCAUAUGGUUGGUGUUUUUGGCUGGUUUUUGCUGCUGGUUUAACAGCAGUUUUUAUCGGUGCAACCGUAUCAAUUGUUGAUAUAUUAUUUCCAAAUAAAUUUUCAACAAUAUUAGAAGUUGAUUAUGAUACACCAUAUCGUUAUUUUGUUGGUAAUGAUAUACAUAUUGUUGGUUCAUUACCACCACCAUUAAAUGCAUAUUAUUAUCAUCAUCAACAUCAAUCAAGUUUAUCGACAACAAUAUCAAGUAAUCAAAGUAAUCAAAGUAGCCAUCAUUUAUAUCAAAAAAAGAAUAAAUUAUCGUCGAAUAAUCAUAAUAAUAUUUUACGUCAUUAUUCAGCAUCAAAAACAGCAUCAUUAACAACAAAUACAUCAUCUUGUUGUGCUGGAUCAACAACACGAUUAACAUCAUCAUCAACAACAACAACAACAAAUCAUCAUCAUCAUCAAUCGAUAGCUAAAACUAAAAGUGAUGCAUCAACUUGUACACGUGAUGAUGAUGAUUUAUUAAUGAUGAUUAUGGCUAAUAAUGACAAGAAAAAAGAUCAUGAAACAUCCUGUAACAAUCGAAUUGAAUGUAUAGUCGAUGUAAAUGAUGAUGGUUGUAAUAAUAACAAUACAAUAAUUGUUUCAAAUUAUUCAAAAGAUUCUGUACAACGUAUUAAUCAAUUGAAUCAAGAUGUUAUUGAUGAUGAUGAUGAUGAUAAGCAAUUUGCAUUUGAAAAUCGAGCUUAUCAUAUUGAUGAUGAUGAUGAUGACCAUCGUUUUAAGGAAAAAAAUCUUAACCAAGACGAGGAAACGAAGGAGUUUUUACUUAAUAAUAAUGAAGAUAAACAACCAGAAGUAAAAUCAUCAUCAAAUGAAUUAUUAUUAUUAUCAUCAACACCAACACCAUCAACAUCAUUGAUGAUGAUAAAAUCAUCAUCAUCAAUAUCAUCACCAUCACCAUCAUUAUCAUCAUCAUCACCAAUAUCAACUGAUAUAGAUGAUGAUGAUGAUGUGGAGGAUGAUGCGGCAAAUGAAAGUGAUGUUAGUACAACAAUUAUCGAUGGUAAACGUGCAAUUUCAUUAUCAAAUUUUGGAAAAUUUACUGAACAAUAUGAAAAAAGAGAAAAUUUUUUCAAUCAUAAUCCACACAAUAAUAAUAGUCAUCAUUCAACAACAUUUGGUUAUCCACUUGCAAGUGCUGGAUUUCGUGCCAUAAAAUCUGGAUUUAUUAAUCGACAACAACGAAAUAAAUCAUCAACAACAACGACGAAAGAUGAAACAACGACAAAAUCAAUGAAAAUUAAACGAUUAAAAUCAUCAACAUUAUCAUCAUCGUUGGAUAAAGAUGAUACGAAUGGUAAUGGUCAUCCAAAAUCAUCAACGACGGCAGCAACGGUUCGUGUAGAUCUUUCAUCAUCUGCAGCAAUGUGGUGAUAUUUGGAUGGUGCGAUAUGAAUUUUUUAAUGUAACAAAAACAAUGACAAUUUCCAUUGACAUCAUCAUAAUCAUCGUGUGUGUGUGUCGGUGACAUCUGGAUAGUGUUAAAAAAAAUCUGGAUUUUUUUCAUUCAAAAUUCAACCCUUUAUUUUUUCUUGUGAAUCCUGUAGAAUCUCACACCUCUCUAACCACCACCACCAUCACACACGAACUACAUAUGAAUUUUUCAUCACCAUCAUCAUUAGCCUACGGCUUCAUUUAUUUAACACCACACUACACUACGACACACACCGAGAAAUAUGUAUUUUGUUGUCAUCAACCAACAAUGAUGA